AUGGUGUUGACUGUAGCUUCGGUUAGUGCCUUGAACGGAUACGGUUUUUUCAAAAACGAUCAAAACGUUAUAGGAGUCGGGAUUUCUCGUGUCACAUACACAGCCAAACAGAAGGCGUCAGUAAAAUGGCUCCUUUCGAAAGCCUUCAACAACAAAAUACCGGAAAAUUUGAAGGAUCCAUUUUAUCGCGACCACGAGAACCAAGAACAUCUGAAACCUCAGAUAGCCGGGGGCCUGGCGAACGCAGAAAUCUACUGCUUGGCCCUCGGCAACGUCUACUCCGAUCCUAAUUACCACAACCUCAACCACACGGCCAUUUUGCAAACGUUAGCGAGAAAAGGGGUGCACAGCACCGAAGACGGCCAACUCACCGAAACCACUCUAAUACAAACCAACCCCCUUCGCAUGAGCGCCCACAUGGCCGUCAUCGAAAUGAUAAUGCUGCUGUAUACCCGCGAAGUGGUGACCGCCGAGAGGAUACUCUCGGCAGUUCAGCGGUUCGAUCACGGCCGAACGGCCGGUCCGGAACUAUCCGGUACCAUUGCAGAGCAGUUACUGGUGUGGGUGAACCACGCCUGCGACGCUUUGCGCGUGAGGAUAGAGCAGGAAAUCGGCGGCGGCGGCGGCGGCGGCGGCGUUACGAACGGCGGCGGCGGCGACAGGUUGAAGGCGCCCGAUUUUCCCGAACAGAGAGAACUGAAAGACUUGUGCGACGGUGUGGGUUUGGCCGCGUUGAUUUCCUAUUACUGCCCGGACGAGUUGUCGUGGACUGAAAUUCGAAUAUCCCGCGUUCCAUCCGUGCAGGAUAGCAUUUACAAUAUCAAGCUGCUCGAGGAUUUUUGUCUUCGAUGUUUGCCGGCUUCCAUUUUCCAUUUGAUGCCCGAAGAUGUUACCUACAUGCGAGAAUCGAUGAAACAGAAUCUAUUAGUUUUCCUGGCCGAUCUAUUUAACAUUAUGGAAAUUAACCCCGCCAAUUGCGUUCGGUAUCCGGGCAUGGAUAAAUUUACCAGUGAGGGUCUGCCCCAUACGAAUGCCCACGGUGUGGUGCAUAAGCGCAAUCUGCUGCAGACCGUGAUGGCACCCAUACCGGAUCUGCGCGCAGGCAUCGACGAUCCUACCGCCUUCCAAGUACCUCGAUCGACGCCCGCGCAUUUUCCGCUCAGAAAAUCCAAUUCGCUGCAACAGAGCCAACAGAGCGUCGUCACCGACAUGACCGAGGACAGUCUACGCAGGUCCUCCGAGGAAUCCUUCGUCGUACAUCGCGGCAAAAACGUACCGACGCUCAGAUCCGUGCAGGACGAACCGUUGAUACCUGCACGCCUUAGGGUGAACAAAGAGAAACAGAACAACGACAGCAAGGCGGACGAACGAGGCGAAAUGGCCGCCGGCAGGCCCAGCAAUUGGGAGGAGAACAGAAGGAGCACCUACGCUGGUCGAAGGAGUAGGCGAAAUUCCACCACGGAGGAUUCCCAGUUGACCAUUGAGAACUUCGGCGGUAGCCAGGAUAAUUUGAAUUUCAUCGGAAGGAAUCCCGACAAGGAGGUCGCCGUGCACGUGGGUCGCAAGGUAUCGGCGCCCUCGUUCCCGGUCGCCGUGGAAAACGCGCCGGUCCGUUCGACCUACCAGGACGCGCGCAGCACCCUGCGAUUGGGCUACGAGAACGGCUGCGACGAGAAGCAGGACAACGGCACCGAGAAGUACAAGCUGAAGCGGCAGCUGAGCAGCGACGACAUCGCCUUGGGCGCGCGCUCUAACAAGGAGAACAUCAUCAGGGACCUCGUCGACGGCGAGGUGACGAAGCGCAUGAGCUUCGCCGAUUUGGGCAAGCACAAAGAGCAACGCGGCAUCCAAUUGGUCUACAUGAACGACAAGGAGGAGUGUCCGCAGAAGAGCCAUGUCGGGAAAUUCGGAAAUUCCAUCGGUAACGAGAAGAAGACGACGUUCGCGACGUUGCCGCAGACGACGACGUGGCAACAGCAGAGCACGCAGAACCAGCAGGCGGAGUCGAACGGGGGCGAGGAGUCGACGCCGAACGUGAUGGCGGCGCAAUUGAACGAUAUCCGGUUGAAGUUGGAGGAGAAACGGCGGCACAUCGAGAGCGAGAAACGUCGCAUGGAGGCGGCGAUGAGCAAACAGCGACAGAAGGUCGGGAAGGCGGCUUUCCUGCAAUCCGUUGCCAAAGAAAUCAACGAUGAUGUUAUCAAAAUGGACAGGAAAUGGUCGGACGAAGACCACACUCUAGUAGAAACCAGAACACCCGAUUUGGAAAACAUGGAUUUGGAAAGUUAUCAGCAAUCCAUUGCUCAAAUGAAUUCUAGUCUACACGACAUCCAAUCGGACAUGCAGAGAUUAGCAUCGCAACAAAACCACCUCCAACAACAGAACCUAAUUGCUCAACAACAAAGGCAAAUCCAAGCCUUGCAACAACAACACCAACAGUACCAGAGUAUGCAGUCCCAACAACAUAUACCUCAGUAUAACUCGCAGCAAUCUUAUCAACAGCAAAUCUACCAGGAACCGCAAGUGUUCGCAUCUCCACUACAAACGUCGGCCAGUGCACCGCACGUGCCUCAAUCGAUGUACGGGCAACCUCGAGGACAAUCUCAGGGACAAUUCUACUUGUACGAACAACCGCCUCCAGCCGCCCCGCAACGCAGGACGUGGGCCCAACAACCUCAACCGCCCCCCGUACCGAUCGAGCCCUACCACCAACCCGAAUUGAGGAACUGGAACAAACCCAACAACGCCACCGAAUCGGCGAGAAUAGCCGGCGGAGGCGGCGGAGGAUUCGUUCUACACGACACCGACAGGUAUCAGGAUCACAGGUAUCAGGAUAACACGCGUUACAGCGAUAGCCCGCGCUUCUUCGACGCGAAACACCAAAACGGCGACGAUCACGCGCCGCUCCAUUCCAACAGCUUCACCCUCAGCCAACAACACCACCAACACAACCACCAUUCGAGCAACUACGGCACCUCGAACAGCACCCCGUCGGCUUCGCCGCAACAUCGGACCAUUCACAGGCAAAUAUCGCAAUUGCUCGACGAUGCCAAACGAACCCCGGUGAGUUUGCAGCAAAUCGACGCCAAGGAGCCGCCAUCGCGUCGAACCAACAUCACUCACGCGGCCAUUCCCGCUCCCUCCGUCGACGACAUGGAACCCCAAAAUAUAUCGUUCAUCGGGAAUCCGACCGCCGACAAACUCAACGAAGGCCUCAGUCGAUUGAACAUCACGUCAGGCAGUCGAACGUACAGGAUACCGUCGCCCACGCGACCCUCGAUCACCCGCAACUCGUUCCAACCGACGCCGUCGCCGCCGCUCUUGGAACCCCCCGUCGCCGCCGCCGCCGAAGUCAGCAGCUUAGACAACGAUCCAACGAACCAGAAGGGCUUCUACAUCAGCUUCGACAACGACCAACCGAAGCGACCGAAGCCGCCGCUUCGCGCCAAGAAGAUGUCCCCGAAGAAGGAGCGCAGCUACAUUCGAUCCACCGAGGACCUGUACGACAAGAAGGAAGAACAAGAGAGAUUGGAGAAACCGAGGCAGCUAGAGAAGCAAUUCGACGAGGAGCGAGCGAGACGGAGCGCGGAGGAACGGAGACAGGCGUUGAUCGAGCAGGAGAGGGAGAAAUUGAGGGCGAAACGUGAAGCUAGUCAAGAAAGGCAGAAAGUCAAUGCUGCCAGCGCUUUAAUUAUAGGACCCGAACUUAAUAAUCCCAAUCCUGAAUUAGAUUACGAAAGGGAGAGGAAGAAGGAGAAGAUCAUGUUGCUGUCGUUGCAGAGGCGACAACAACAGGAGGAGGCCAAAGCUAGGAAAGAAGCGGAGGCGUUGGCUCGCAGGGAAAUGGAGAAGAUGAAGGAGGAGGAGAAGGCGAGGAAAAAGGAAGAGCAAGCGGCCAGGAGGCAGGCUAUUUUGGAACAGUACAAGCUGAAAAAAGCGUUGGAGGAAGCCGAACGAGAGGGCAAGACAUUGGACAAAUCCGAAUUCGCCCAUCCGAUGAAGCCCGUUCCGAGGAUGCGCCCGAAGGCGAGCACCCGCCCUCGGCCCAAGACCAUCCACAUCGACAGCGGUUCGGUGCAAAUGGCCGAAGGGAUGUCCAGCCGAGGCAAGAAGGGCUCGUCGAGUAACCUAACAGCUUACGCUCCUUCCACUAUGAAAAGAGAUUACUAUAGAGGUUCACAAGACAGCUUGGCAGAGAGAAGCAUGAGCAGCGGCAUGUUAUACAAAGAAUCCCCGGACGACAGCAGGGGGGUUUCGCCCUGUCCCAGUGCCAAUCAAACGUUGGGGCGAAGGAGUUCAUACAAAACCAGUCGAGACCCCUCUCCUGCUCAGGUACGCGGCAGACCUAAGUAUUCGGCUUAUCAAAACUUUAAAGGGCGCAAGUCUAGCUCUCUGAUGAAUUUGUACGGUUCGAGCACCGACCAAGACAGCCUGGCGUAUCGUUACGGCGACACCGAUUCGGGCCUGGGACGGGCCACGCCGCCCCGCAGGGCCCCCUCGCCCGGCAUGAGCAUGCGCCAUCUACCGUCCCCGUCGGGGCCGGGCAGCCUGCCGGGACUCAUGUCCAAAGGACGAAGGAUGUUCGACGACGGAUCCAGCGACAUCAGCUCCACGCCCAGCAUGAUGGACUACAACGGGCCUCGAUUGUACAAGCAGCCGGCCACCAAGUCGAAUCGCAGCAUUAUGCUGAACGCCGUUGAGUAUUGCGUGUUUCCGGGCGCCGUCAACAGGGAGGCGAAGAAGAGAGUGCUGGAGGAGAUCAGCCGAUCGGAGAGCAAGCAUUUUCUGAUACUCUUCAGGGACGCCGGCUGCCAGUUUAGGGCGCUCUACUCGUACUGUCCCGAGCGCGAGGAGAUUACCAAGCUGUACGGUACGGGGCCCAAGCAGGUCAACGAUAAGAUGUUCGAUAAGUUUUUCAAGUAUAAUUCCGGCGGAAAAUGCUUCUCUCAAAUACACACGAAGCAUUUGACUGUGACGAUAGAUGCUUUUACGAUCCACAAUUCGUUGUGGCAAGGUAAAAAGGUGAACCUUCCAAACAAGAAAGAUAUGGCUUUAGUUAUAUAA